UAUAAGAAAGAAAAAAAAUUAUUUCUAUUUCUAUAGUAUAAGAAAAACAAAUAGUAUAAGAAAAACAAAUCGAAUCAAAUUCAUGGAUUUACCACGACCUCGGUUGUGACUCCAUAGAUAAAAAUGGGAAAUUUCUCUCUUCGAGACCAUUGAAAAAGGGCAUUGAACGAGAAAGAAAUCGUCCACAGAUGAUAAAACUAUCAUAUGCCUUGGAAAGUGAUAUGAGGUGCUCGGAAAUGGUUGAAGUAAUUGAAUAGGAGGAUCACUAUGACUAUAGCCCUUGGUAGAAUUCCUAAAGAAGAAAAUGAUCUAUUUGAUACUAUGGAUGACUGGUUACGAAGGGACCGUUUCGUUUUUGUAGGAUGGUCUGGCCUAUUGCUCUUUCCUUGUGCUUAUUUCGCUUUAGGGGGUUGGUUUACAGGGACAACUUUUGUAACUUCUUGGUAUACCCAUGGAUUGGCUAGUUCCUAUUUGGAAGGUUGUAAUUUCUUAACCGCAGCAGUUUCUACCCCUGCCAAUAGUUUAGCACACUCUUUGUUGCUACUAUGGGGGCCCGAAGCACAAGGAGAUUUUACUCAUUGGUGUCAAUUAGGCGGUCUAUGGACUUUUGUAGCUCUCCACGGGGCUUUUGCACUAAUAGGUUUCAUGUUACGCCAAUUUGAACUUGCUCGGUCUGUUCAAUUGCGGCCUUAUAAUGCAAUCUCAUUCUCUGGUCCAAUUGAUGUUUUUGUUUCUGUAUUCCUUAUUUAUCCACUGGGGCAAUCUGGUUGGUUCUUUGCGCCGAGUUUUGGCGUAGCAGCGAUAUUUCGAUUCAUCCUUUUCUUUCAAGGAUUUCAUAAUUGGACGUUGAACCCAUUUCAUAUGAUGGGAGUUGCCGGAGUAUUAGGUGCGGCUCUGCUAUGCGCUAUUCAUGGAGCGACCGUAGAAAACACUCUAUUUGAGGACGGUGAUGGUGCAAAUACCUUCCGUGCUUUUAACCCAACUCAAGCUGAAGAAACUUAUUCAAUGGUCACUGCUAACCGCGCCUAUAUCCGCAUCCAUAACCGUUUUUCAUUUGUGUGUAGAAAGUGUGUGUAG